AUGACCACAGUCACUAGCUUUUUUGUGAUACUCAAAUUACAUCUCUAUUUCCAGCAGAAAUUUAAUUUGAAUUCUCAAUUUGGUGCCGAUAUUGACAGAAUGUCAAGCCCUUCGAGGCAGAUUAAGUGUGUCGUGGUCGGCGAUGGAACUGUUGGAAAGACUUGUAUGUUGAUUUCAUAUACUACCGACUCAUUUCCUGUUCAAUAUGUGCCUACAGUUUUUGACAAUUACUCUGCUCAGAUGACAUUGGACAAUCAUACUGUUAAUCUAGGGUUAUGGGAUACUGCUGGACAGGAAGACUACGAUCGGCUGAGACCUUUAAGUUACCCACAAACAGACGUGUUCGUUCUGUGCUUCAGCAUUGUCUCACCAGUCUCCUUCGAUAAUGUGGCUACCAAAUGGAUCCCAGAAAUUCGUCAACAUUGUCCAGAUGCGCCUAUUUUGCUCGUUGGUACCAAACUGGAUCUACGAGAUGAGGCGAAUCCACGCUCUACUGGCACUGAGGAUAGGCCACCGAUUACAAAAAGUCAAGGACAGAAAUGUGCGCAGAAAAUCAAAGCAGUGAAAUAUUUGGAAUGUUCGGCUCUCACACAACAAGGCUUGAAACAGGUGUUCGAGGAUGCAGUAAGAGCUGUUAUCAAUCCAAAACCGCUAAAACAGAAGAAGUCAUGCACGUUACUUUAA